UCACAAAAAAAAAACAUCUAGAAAGUCAUAUGAGAGUACAUACAAAAGAGAAGCCAUACAGUUGGGAGAUUUGCAACAAGGCCUUCUCAUAUAAAAAUAGUCUAGAGAUUCAUAUGAGAAUGCAUAGAAAGGAGACAUACAGCUGUGAGAUUUGCAAUAAGGCCUUCUCUGUGAAAAGUCAUGUAGUAAGUCAUAUGAGAGUGCAUACAAAAGAGAAACCAUACAGCUGUGAGAUUUGUAAUAAAGACUUCUCAGAAAAAUAUACUCUAGUAAUCCACAUGAGAGCACACACAAAAGAGAAGCCAUACAGCUGCAACAUUUGCAAUAAAGCCUUCUCAUUAAGAAGUAAUCUAGUAAGGCACAUGAGAGUUCAUACACAGGAGAAACCAUAUAGCUGUGACAUUUGCAAUAAAGACUUCUCAAUAAAUCUAGCCAAAUAAAGCAUAUGAGAGUACAUAUGAAGGAGAAG